AUGAUUGGGUAUACCAAGCUUAAGCUACCGCUGAGCUCUAUAGCUCUCAGGUCUUCUAGAUUUGAGCCUCCAGAUGACUUCGAUGCUCUUGCAUAUCGAAACUGGAUCAAAUUUAGAGAUCCAAAGCCUGAAUCGUUCUCGGUGAUGUCUUUCAACCUUCUAUCGCAGCAUUAUGUGUGGAAGCAAGUGUUUGAGUAUUUGGAUCCACGAUACCUUGACUGGCCUCAUUACCGGUUCCCUCUAAUCAAUACGGUCAUUGAGCAACUACCGUGUGACAUCUUGUGCUUUCAAGAGCUAGAAUGUCUGGUUUAUGAAAACCAAUGGCGGGAUCUGUUUCCUUUGGACGACUACCAACUGAUCUACUUGAGGAAACCGCAACCUGGUUAUUGGGGCACGAGGCCUCCUGAGUUCAUGGAUGGUGUUGGUAUAUUUAUCAACAAGAAAAGGUUUAAUCUUUUGGAAUUUCGUGAACUCAACUUUGGCAAUUACGUUUCAAGCCAUGCGGAUAGAUUUGAUCUCACCGAGGACGUUGCAUCCAGACUCAUACCGCGUAAUACAGUGGCUCUUCUUGCCCUUCUAUACGACAAGCUUACUAGAAAGCAUAUAUUCGUUACCAAUACUCAUUUAUAUUGGCUGCCAGCAUUUAAUGAUGUGAAAUUGAUGCAGACAAAGCUCUUGCUCAAUUCAUUGUCCAGGUUCAUAAGUGACUCUGGGCUUGAAAAUCCACCCAUUGUUAUGUGUGGAGACUUCAAUUCCACUCCAACGUCGUCCGUUUAUAAAUUCUUGUCAAGAGGAAGGGUAAACCUUGAGCACGCUCAGGAGUUUCUUGGCCACAAUUACGGUACGAAGGUGGAUGGCGAGCAGAUCAAGGGCAACUUGUUACAUAAUCCGUUCUCCCUUGUGCCAGCUUACGGACCCCUUCUAGAUAAUUCGUUGUCAGAGACUCUUGACUUUACAAGCUACACUAGAAGUCUCACUGCUGUGUUGGAUCACAUAUGGUUUUCUAAAGACCAACUUGAGGCAUCUAAGGUCUUAGGCAAGCAGCUGGGUCAAUCUCAAGGUGACCAAGGCAUGAACCAAUACCAGCCUGGCCUUCAACAACCACCGAACUUGAAUCCACAGAAGUUUAUGAAUCAACAGGUUAAUAUGUUGCAACAGCCACUACAGCUGCAGCUGCAACUCCAACAGCCACCACAAUCGCAACAGUCUCAGUCACAACAGUCACAACCACUGAAUGUACAAUUGGCUGCCAGUGGCUUUCAGCCAGCUGCUGCUAAAGUCAGUGCGGUUAAUGUCGAUGACCCUAACACCGUGUAUUGGCAACAUCAGACUCUGUUGUGUCAGUUGUCUCGGAGUGAAGAUAUUCCUCAUUUUUACGCCAAGCUGUAUGCUCAAAACCUGAGAAAGAACAAGAAUCCAUAUAACGAUGUGAAGACGGUCUCGUUGAUCGAGGCUACAAAGACUAUUGUCAAUGCCUUGAAGGAACAGGAGAAGCAACAGUUGGCUGCGCAAACUCCCAACACUCCAGCUGCGUUGAUGAGAAAUAAGAAGAUGGAUUUGGAGGAAGAUGAAGAGCAGAGAUUGAUGGCCAAAUCCCAUGGAAAGCAGUUGUGGUGUCAUUUGGAUUUGUCUGGCCAGGGUUUGUUGAACCUCUCUCCAAAAUUGUUCAGAUAUGACUUUUUGGAGAGUCUCUACUUGAACUACAACAAGCUCACCACCAUUCCUAAGCAAAUCAAAGAAUUGCGCGGUUUGAGAGUAUUGGACUUAUCUCACAAUAGGAUCACCGAAGUUCCCUCUGAAUUGGGUCUUUGCUACAACUUGCGUUACCUUUAUCUUUUUGACAACAACAUUAAGACAUUACCGAUCGAAUUCAGGAACUUGAUAGAGUUGUUGUUUUUGGGAAUUGAAGGUAACCCCAUUGAUUUGAAGAUCGCUAACUUGGUUGCUGAGAGUGGACCUAAGGCAUUGAUUAAUUAUUUCAGAGACAUGGAGCCAACUUAUUCCGAGCCAACUCCAAGAUCGUGGCUUUUGUUGAAGGAAGAUGGUGAAAUAAUUGACCCUGUCACCAAUCCAAAUGCAUACUCGGACGAUCAUACCAAUGUGGAUGCUUCUAGUACUUUCACAUUGAUGUCGUACAACACAUUGUGCCAGCAUUACGCUACGACAAAGUUGUAUCAGUACACGCCUUCGUGGGCUUUGGACUGGGAACACAGAAAGAAUGCAUUGAAGGAGGAGAUUCUUGCUCUUGCUACGGAUGUCAUCUGUUUGCAAGAGGUCGAAACUCGUACUUUCCACGAAUUCUGGGUUCCUCUCAUGCAAAAUGUUGGUUACAAGGGAUUCUUCUUCAGCAAGACAAGAUCUAAGACCAUGGGUGAACUUGAAUCCAAGAAGGUGGACGGUUGUGCUACUUUCUACCGCGCCUCCAAGUUCCAGUUUGUUCAGAAGCAGCACUUUGAAUAUAAUACUGUCUGCAUGGGUUCUGAUAAGUACAAGAAGACGAAGGACUUGUUCAACAGAUUCAUGAACAAAGACCAUAUCGCUUUGAUUGUUCAGCUACAGCACAUUGAAACUGGCGAGAAGAUCAUCUUUGUGAACACUCACUUGCAUUGGGAUCCAGCGUUUAAUGAUGUCAAGGCAUUGCAGGUCGGUAUUCUUUUGGAAGAGUUGCUGGGUGUGAUCAAGAAGUUCAACCAUACGUCCAGCCAAGAGGAGGUAAAGAGCACGUCUGUGGUUAUCUGUGGUGAUUUCAACUCGACAAAGAGCAGUGCAGUUUAUCAGUUGUUCUCCACUGGCUCUGUGUCCAAGCACGAAGAUUUGGAGGGUAAGGACUACGGAAGAUUUACUGAUGAGGGCUUCCAUCACUCGUUCAAGUUGAAGUCCGCCUAUGAUCAUAUUGCAUCAGACUUCCCAUUCACCAAUUACACACCAACCUUCACGAACGUGAUCGAUUACGUUUGGUACACCACGCCUACAUUACAAGUGCAGGGCUUGCUUGGCAAGCCUGACGAAGAGUAUUUGAGUCAUCACAUUGGAUUCCCCAACGCGCAUUUCGCCUCUGACCACAUUCCUCUUGUGACCAAAUUCAAGGUGCGUAAGAAGGGUGCUUCGUCUGGAGUGAAGAAGCCUGACUUUAAGCCUGACUUCAAAGGUGGGUCUUCUAGGAAGACGUGA